AUCUCCAGGAACUUUCUCAAGACAAAGAAAACACACCCUUAUGUAUAUAUACUUGUCCUAAAGUGGUAACAUUUAUCUUCAUUCUCUCUUUUCUGUGUCAGUUAAAGAAUGGGCUUUAUGCUAGGAGACUAGAGAGAAAGGGAGGAAGGAAGUUCUUGUUGACCAUUCUGUUAGAACAGAAAAGCUGAAAUUCUGAGCAUAAGUUUAAGGCUGAAGCUGAAAUGAUGAAUCUCAAACAAGAUAAAUAUGUAAGGUUUGAGGACUGGAAGUCAGAAGAGUCAUCUUUCAACUCUCCAAAUAACAGGCCAUUUCAUAUCAGAAAACCAUCAUUUAGUUUGUUGAUGAGUAACAUUAGAAGAAGGCUUGAGAGUGGUUCUGAAAGAAUUAGUAGUUGGAGAAAAUCAAUACGCGUCCAUCCUCUAACCGCUAAACCAACAAAAGAUCAAUCUAUCUCGUCAAAGAAACAAAUUCUUGAUCCUCAGGGGCGAUUUCUUCAGCAAUGGAACAAAAUAUUUGUAUUGAUUUGUACAAUUGCAGUGUCAUUGGAUCCACUAUUCUUCUACAUACCUGUCAUUGAUAACGAAAACAAGUGCCUUGAUUUGGACACGACGUUAAAGAUCACUGCUUGUGUUCUACGUUCGAUCACUGAUCUUUUCUAUAUCUUUCACAUUAUCUUGCAAUUUCGUACUGGUUUUAUCCCUCCUUCUUCUCGAGUAUUUGGAAGGGGUGAGUUGAUUGAAGAUUCCUCUGCUAUAGCCAAGAGAUAUUUGAAAUCUUAUUUCAUUGUUGAUAUUUUAGCAGUUCUUCCACUUCCACAGAUUGUGAUAUUGAUUAUCAGUCCAAGUGUGAAUAGCCCGAUUUCUCUAGCGACGAAAGAAAUCUUGAAGAUUGUCAUUUUUGUCCAAUAUGUUCCAAGAAUAUUUAGAAUUUAUCCAUUGUAUAAAGAAGUAACAAGAACUGCAGGCUUAUUUACAGAAACGGCAUGGGGUGGAGCUGCUUUCAACCUUUUCCUUUACAUGUUAGCCAGUAAUGUAGUCGGAGCCUUCUGGUACUUGAUCUCAGUAGAACGCCAAGAUACAUGUUGGCGCGAUGCAUGUGAUAAGAUUGACUCAUGUUCUUUAGACAACUUAUACUGUGGAGGAAACAGAAACGGAAACGCUUUGCUUCUAAAUUCUUCUUGCCCUCUCCUGAAAUCAGAAGAUAUAAAAGAUCCAAAUGACUUUGAUUUUGGAAUAUUUCUUGAUGCUCUUCAGUUUCGGAUAGUAGAAAAGCAAAAAUUCUGGUCCAAACUCUUCUAUUGCUUUUGGUGGGGACUGAGAAACUUAAGUUCUCUUGGCCAAAACCUUAAGACAAGCACCUUUGUUGGGGAGAUUCUCUUUGCUGUCUUCAUUUCAAUUAUUGGGCUAAUCUUGUUUUCCUUGCUUAUUGGCAAUAUGCAGAAAUAUUUGCAGUCUAUCACAGUAAGAGUAGAAGAGAUGAGAGUGAGAAGGCGAGACGCAGAGCAAUGGAUGUCUCAUCGCAUGCUUCCUGAUAAUCUGAGAGCACGAAUUAGAAGACAUGAACAGUACAAAUGGCAAGAAACCAGGGGUGUAGAGGAAGAUUUACUUAUUCAUAAUCUUCCUAGAGACUUGAGAAGAGAUUUAAAGCGCCAUCUCUGUUGGUCUUUGGUUAAAAGAGUUCCAAUGUUUGAGAAAAUGGAUGAACAAUUACUAGAUGCAAUGUGUGGUCGACUUAAACCAGCACUCUACACAGAGAAAAGUUUCAUAAUCCGAGAAGGCGAUCCAGUAGAUGAGAUGCUCUUUCUAAUGAGAGGUACUCUAAUAACUAUGACAACAAAUGGUGGAAGAACUGGUUUUUUCAACUCUGUAUCACUCAAAGCUGGUGAUUUCUGUGGAGAGGAGCUUCUUACUUGGGCUUUAGACCCUCACACUUCCUCUAGUCUUCCUACUUCAACAAGAACAGUUCAAGCUGAAACUGAUAUAGAAGCUUUUGCCCUCACUGCUGAUGAUCUCAAGUUUGUUGCCUCACAGUUUCGACGUCUUAAUAGCAAACAGCUUCAACAUAGUUUCAGGCUCUACUCACAGCAAUGGAGGACAUGGGGUGCAUGCUUUAUACAAGUAGCAUGGCGUCGACAUUGUAGGAACAAGCUUGAGAAAUCUUUAAGAGAGGAAGAAGAUAGAUUGCAGGUUGCAUUAGCAAAAGAGAGUACAAAUGCACCAAGUCUUGGAGCUACCAUUUAUGCAUCAAGAUUUGCUGCUAAUGCGCUGCGCGCCUUGCGACGCAACCAUACAACUGGUGCCAAAUUAUCUCCCACACUACCUCUACUGCUUCAGAAACCAGCUGAACCAAAUUUCAGUGAGGAAAAUCAUUCAUGAGUUGGGGAACUAAUAUACUAGAAAUGCUGGAAGAUGUUAAUCCAUGACACGUCGAUCGAUUUUUUUUUUUUUUUUUUUUUUUUUUUUUUUUUUGUAAAGCAGCUCUUUGCGUAGUACCUGGUGAAAGAGGAUCAUUGGCGUAACUGGUAAAAUUACUUCCAGGAGGUCACAGGUUCGAACCGGAAACAGCCUCUUGCAGAAAUGCAGAGUAAGGCUGCGUACGCAAAAGACCCUUAUGGUCCGGCCCUUCCUCGAAUCCCACGCAUAGCGGGAGGUUAGUGCACCGGGCUGCCCUUUUAACUCCUUUGAGUAGUACAUAUGCUAUGUACCUUGAUUAAUUAGGAUUCUUGUAUGUAGAAACAUGCAUACAAUUCUGUUUUGAUCUAAGUUUCGUUUGAAUUCUUA